AGCAACUAGUUCAGGGCCUAACAGACACGUUAAGCAACAAGUUGAACAAACGUAUUUGCACGGAAAUCUUAAGGAAACGGGGCCAAGUCUAACUGCUGUAUCAUGUUUGCUCAGGCAGAAUUGGGUCACUUCUUUUAGGCUGACGCUGUUAAAGUGUGAGAUUGCAUAAGGUAAUACAUAUAAAGUGUAUCUCAAAAACACAUCGUGACAUAUUCAGUUUGGAAUACCUACGAUACGAGAACUGGACAGCUGGAAAGAAUGGUGGAUAUAUUCGCCUUCAGUCCAACAACUGUGUUAUUGUGUGUAGCUGUGCUAGCUGUGUUAUGGCUGCUAACGCGGCGUCCCUCCGGCCUCCCUCCGGCCUCCCUCCGGGCCCGCCUCUCCUGCCGUUUGUGGGGAAUGUCCUCUCCAUGGGAUCCGAUCCCCGGAUCACCUUUAAGGAACUCAGGCAACAAUACGGUGACAUCUUCAGCGUGUACAUGUUUAACAAACCACUCAUCGUCCUCAACGGAUACAGCGCUCUGAGAGACGCAAUUGUCAAGAACGCCGACGACUUUUCUGACAGACCACACUCAUUCCUGAAUGACUUCAUUGUAAAAGGGAAAGGUUUGUCUGGAUCAUCUGGUGAGCUCUGGCGCGAACAAAGACGCUUCGCCCUCAACACUCUCAGAGAGUUUGGAGCUGGCAGGAACAUCAUGGAGGACAAAAUACAUGAAGAAAUCUCACAGUUUCUCGAGGCCUUCGAGACAGAACGGGGACAAGGGUUUGACUGCACCCGUCUGGUGCAUAACGCAGUAUCCAAUGUCAUCUGCUCCACUGUUUUCGGCAAGCGAUUCGAAUAUACAGACCCUCGUUUUAUAAAAAUUUUGAAAGCUUUGGAAGAAUAUUUUGCCAUCUUAGGUGUGGCUGGUGUUGCGAAUGUACUGCCUUUUUUGCGCUUUUUGCCAGGGGAUCUAUUCAAAUUUAAGAAGAUGAUGCGCAGUAUCGAUACCAUCAUUUCACAGCUUGUGGACCCUAUGAUAAAGGAGCACUUGCAGAAACACGACGAUGAUAAUGUGGACGACUUUAUCCACGCCUACAUCAAGGAAAUGCGACUUCGUAAAGAAACGCAAGAGAACACGACCUUAGACCUGGAGAACCUGACCAUGGUGAUAGCAGACCUCUUUGCGGCCGGGACAGAAACCACAUCCACUACAAUUCGAUGGACACUGGCCUACUUUCUCCACAACCCGGAUAUUCAAGAAAAGUGUUUUCAAGAGAUCCAGGAAAACAUCGGCCAGAGCAGACGACCCUCCAUGCAGGACAAGACCAAGCUGCCGUACAUGGAGGCCACCAUCAUGGAAGUGCUGAGACGAGCGGAUAUCGUCCCUGCAUCUCUUCCCCACACCGUUCCCCACGAUGUCCAGUUCAGAGGGCACACAUUUCCAAAAGGUGUCCUGGUCAUAUUGAUGCUUGAUUCGGUCCUACAAGACCCGGAUGUGUGGGGUGACCCAGACAACUUUCGACCUGACCGUUUCCUUGACGACACUGGCAAGAUCGUAAAGAAAGAAGAGUUCAUUCCCUUCUCUCUUGGUCGAAGAGUUUGUCUGGGUGAGUCGAUGGCCCGGAUGGAGAUGUUCCUCUUCCUGACCACCAUGAUCCAGAGGUUCAAGUUCGUCCCUGUGGAUGGCCAGAUGCCCUCCUUGGAUGGAAUCAUGGGUUUAACUCAUUUUCCAAGGCCAUUCCUCAUGAAAGCCAUUCCCAGAGUUUAAUCAUUUUAAAUGAAUGAUGGAGUAGCUGUUUAGACUGCAUUUAGCUACAAUUCAGAAUAGUUUGCUUUUUAGUUCAUUUCUGUUGAAGCUCCAAACUAUUAGCUUGAUGAUAUAAAAAAUGAAAAUUAUAACAUCUGUAUAUUAGUUAAUCAGAUAAUACUUUCCUUAGUGACUCAUGCAAGACAACGUCAAGUCCUUUGUGUUGUCCUGUUGUGUUCAUAACUUGCGGUACACUGCGAGUAAAUAUCCAAUGGCUGUAGAGGCUGGAAUACCUUAUGUUUGUCAGAAGAGGCAACCAGUCUGGUGAUGGGGUGCUCAAGGUCUGAGACUUGGCUGAUUGUAGGUCAUAUAUCCCGAUGCGAUUGGUCGUUGCUCAUGCUUUCACACACUUGCCUUGAUAGCACCUGCAGAAACGAUGACAAAGCAUUCAGAAAAUUUGAAAAUAUUCUUGUCGUUGUUUCUCCGUAUGAUAAGUAGCAUGUAGUUUUGUCUGCGAAUGUGAUGUAAAUGUCAGCUGUCUGCUCUUUUGGUGUGCAGAUGAUAAGUAACAUGUAGGCUUCUAUCAUUUUUCGUCAGUAGGUAUUCGGUAUCGAACAGUAUCACAGUUAAUCUCGUACAAUCAUAGGUGCAUUGAUUCCAUCGGCAUUAUAUUAGACCAAAUGGGUAGGUAACUGUACUUAUAACGCCUGAAUUGUGAACCAAUGCCCACGCCUGGACUGGUGCACACAUUUUGACAAGACAUCUUGAAAGUCAUCAUGAAGUUUUUUUUCAAGAUCAAAUAAUAUAAAUAACUAUCUUGCUAAUGUAGCAUGGGUACUUCCAAAUUAUUUGGUUUCCGUUGUUACUGAUCAAGUAAAAUCCUCUGUCAUGUCUUAACGUGAUAGAAAGGUCAUAUCCCAUUUGUCAGAUACCCUAGUUAUUACACUAGGGGAGUAGAGAUGGCUUGUCAAAACUGAGAUUUACCUGUUGUGGUGAUGGAUCAGACCUAAUAGACUUAAUCCUCUGUAUAAUCAAGAUCAAAUAAAUAAAGACCUUAACUGAGAUACAAUAGGAUUAUGUAUUGUUUUAUUUUCUAUCCGUAUAUAUGUAAUUAAUGAGCAUUGGUAUCAAGAAAACAACCUAAAGUUGUAAGUUUUCACUUCAGCUUCUUCUCUAAAUGUUUUUACUAAAUUGUGCAUAUAUUGUGGGGAAAUGGCUUUAUCUGUUACAAAACAGUUAUAAGAAUGCUUGAUUGUCAUGCAUUUUGUAGUUAUCAUUUCUAAUAAUAUUGUUCAACUGUACUACUGUACAGCUCUGUAAUUAUACAUAAUAUCAUAUAUGAUAUGUAUCUUCAAUAUCUGGAGGAAAUAAAGAAAAUCUAUCUA